AGGAACAAUUUUAUCAGCGUUUCAUAUGUUGCGCCGUAGGUGCGAUUAAGGUUGGGUCGAGAUGUCGAUUUUGCGCUCUCGAUAAUCCGAUCCGACAUGGAAUCGAUGGUAGAUCGCUCCGAUCGGGGCGCCUUUCACGAGGAGGCGAUUGAGUUUCGUUGACCGUGCUGCGAGCUGCGCUUUGUGCGCUUGAUUUGUCAAGAAGGCGAGUGCAGCGUAGCGAAGCGAAGCGCGCGGUUCGCCGCGUCGGAUGCCGCCGCAUUAAUUUGUGCUCGUCGGCGUGAAGCGCCGAUCCAACGAUCCGAGUGACGACUCAGCCAGGGAACCGGCGACGACGACGACGACGACGAUUGGAAGAAGAGAUACGUGCGGUCGUCUAUCCCGUAUCGGCGAUGUGGCGAGCGUCGCGGGCCGUUGGGCGUUCGGCGGGGGUGCACGCGCGUCCCGUGACGGCCUCGGCGAAUCUGCGGAUCGAGGGGUGAGGAAGUCAUCAUACGAGAAGCUCGAGCGCGCUCAGGCGAGACCUCGCACUAGCGAGAGCUCGUGCGAGCGAGCGGGCGAACGAGCUUUACGAAGACUGCCUUUCGACCUGCACCGGAGCCAGGAAGCCGACAACGACAACGACGACGUGCUUUGCCUCGAUCACUGUCGACGGUAGGUAAAUAGCCACCCUCGAUAGAACGUAACGAUGGCAUCGCAGGGUCAAAGCGCUGUUAAUGUCACUUCGCCCGGCACUACGGCAGCGGCAGCGGCAAACGGGCCGCCGCCAACGUCGGCGCCGUCGCCGGGCUCGACCGUCUUGGCCAGCGCGGCCGCUAUUUCGGCUGCGAAGGUGCAGACCCUCGCCGCGGGCACUCAACCGUCACAAUCGCCAUCCCAGCAACAGCAACAACAGCAGCAGGCCAACAACAUUGAACCGCUGGAUAAAAGUUCCUCGAAUACUUUGAAGCGUAAUCCAAAGAUGGAGUUGAGCAGAACCGACUUGCUGAAGUUACUGGGAUAUCUGGAGGGCGAGUUACAAGCGAGAGACAUUGUGAUAGCGGCGUUAAAAUCGGAAAAAAUGAAGCAUCUUUUAAGUUCGCGGUAUCUUAGUACCACUGCUGAUCCACACGCUGCAUUAGCUCGCGACGUUGCAAUAGUAGGUGGUGUUAUUGGAGUUGAAGGAAAUCAAAUCGAUCAGCAAGUCGCUAGCCUAGAGGCACUGGUGACGCAACAAAGAAAAGCGCAGUGUAGGAUGACUAAAGUUCUUAGAGAUGCCGAAAUUAGGCACAGAGCGGUAAUUAAAGAAUUAGAGGAGGAGAAGCGGAAACAUGAACACGACACUGCUCAAGGUGAUGAUAUCACUUACGGUCUUGAAAAAGAGCGGACAAGAUUGAAGAAAGAGUUAGAAUUAGAGAAGCAAGAAAAGAAGAGAUUAGAAAUGGAAUUAAAAAAGAUUAAUGAUCAUCUUGAGGAGGAAAAGAAUCGACAGAAGCAGAUAGUACUUCUUCUCUUAGCGGAACGUAAAAAGAUUAUCACAAAGUACAUCGAGGAGAGAAAACGAUCGGAGGACUUGGCUCAAAUACUCAGUGAAGAGAAGGUAAGGAUAGAUUCAAUGGCCGAAGGCCUCGAGGAAGAAAGCAAAAAGUCACUGCAGAUGGAGGCGGAAUUGGAGAAGCAAUUAGCGCAGUUCGACAUGGAGCGGCAGCAAUAUCGGCAGGCUCUCGCGAAGGAGGAAAAGAGAUCGAAGGAUUUCGAAACGGAACUGGAAAAGUUGCGAUACGAGAUGUACACGAUGAAGGAGAUGCAGACACGCGGUCCUGCGAGGGGAGUUGGUGUAACUCCACCGCCGCCACCCGCAAAACCGGCGAAUUUAGUCGCCAUGCCGACGCUCAGGCCGGCUAGUGCUCCGCAAACGAUGAAAGGAGCUGUCUUGGGUACAGGGACGCCUAUGGUUAGUAGUAAAGUUGUUCAACCCACUGCCACAGUGUCCAGUGUUCCUGUUAGUGGACCAACAACUGGGAUUGCUAGAUCGGUAACACCUGGACAGGCACUUACAGGGGUUGCAUAUACACCUAAUUUAGCAUCUGUGGGUGGAGAAUCUACAGCUCCUCCAGAUACACAGGCCGCAGACAAGCGACAACCGGUUGUACCUGCUACCGUUAGUACGGCGGCCGCUGCUGCGGCUAAGCUUCUCCCAUCGUCGCAAGCCGUCGCCGCCGCAGCGGGGAAGCUCGGCUUUCACGUCGGCCAGUCUGCGAGUCCCGCCGCCAGCCCUUCUGUACAAGCAUCCGGCACCGCUGCGGCUGCCGCCGGCGGUGCUGGUAUACUGCCUGCGAAAAAGCCACCGAUCUCCCGCGGCGUGCCACCCCCGGUACCGCCCAAUAAGCCAGUGGUACCGCCAAAAAAGGAGGCGGCCGCUUACCUCAGAAGACCGGAAUUGCAAUCGCAAAGCGCGCCGCAACAGGACACCGUGAAAUACGGCAAACAGCCGGCUCCGUCGCACAGCGCAGCGGGCACGGCGGUGAGCGGAACCGCUCCUCCCGUGCAACAACAGCAGCCGCUCCCGGCGAGCACCACCCAAGCUGCUCCCGACGAAGAGGUCAGUAAAACAGCGGAGUCAAAGUAGAUGCUAGAUUAGCGG